AUGAUCGUCCGGGACGAAUACUUGGGAUGGGUGAUGGUGGGGAGGAUACCACAGAAUGGCAUUGACUACUAUGGUGUUACUUUCGACCACCUAGUCCCACCCAACGAUCUCGAUCCUGAGGUUUUGCAGAUCAACAUCAACGAGAUGGAUGAUGACAAUGGCGAAUAUGCAAAUACAUAUGCGCUGUUUCAAGUGGACCCAGAAGAAUAUAUAGGCAAGAAGAUCCUAGCUAUACAUCGGUGCUGUCAAAAGAGGAAAGGGACGCAAGAUCGCUCAAGGGUUAACUGGUCGGUGGAGAAGCCUGUCAUCGUCCUUAUUCACGGUCCUUGGCAGACAGCUGCCCAAUGGCAGCCUCUGGCAGAUGGACUGAAGAGCGAUGGCUUCACCGUUUUGCAGCCCCAGAACGCCACCAGUGGCCCCGACGCUGCUGCCAUCCGCGGUAAGACCUAUCGGGACGAUGUGGAAGUCAUUCGCCUAGCCAUCGAGCCACAUCUUACGGCUGGCAAAGCGAUUGUCUUUGUCUGCCACAGCUACGGCGGCGUCCCCGCCUCCGCAGCUGCAGACGGCCUCCAGGUGCAAGAUCGUCGUGCGCUCGGGUUGACCGGCGGCGUCAAACAUAUAGUCUAUCUCGCCGCCUUUGCGUCCCCCGUCAAAGAGAUUUCUCUUCUUAUGGCUCUGGGUGGGGCAUAUGCUCCAUUCAUGGAUAACAAGGGGGAUGUUAUUACCCUGGGUGAAGGGGCCAAAGAUGCUCUCUAUAACGACACAGAGCCUGAGCUUGCAGCCCAGCUACUUGCAGCCAACUUCAAACAGAGCACAGCGAGCUUUGAAACUCCACAAACUUUCGCCGCUGCGGAUGUUUCCGUACCUAAGACAUAUGUUAUCGCCGAAGAGGACCAUGCGUUGCCUGUGCAAGCGCAGGAAGGGAUGAGCCAGGCUCUCAACGACGUCAGUGUCGUGCGACUCCCAUUUGGUCAUUGCAUGCACUUAAACCCCAAAGCUCUUCCCAAGCUGAUUGAAACGAUUCAAUCGGCGGCAAAAGUCUGA